GAAGUGGUGAGCAAAAAUGCAUCCAUGAUAUUUUGAACUUAAAUAAGAACUUCGCUCCAUAUAUAAGGUUCAAGUGUUCUUCUGAUUAAGUUGGAAUAACAAUGGAAGUUGGAAGAUAUGACCCAUUGAUCCAUCUUCAUGGUUUACCUUAGUCAUGUCCCUUUUCGCCCUUUCAAUUUCAGCCUGAAACCCUCUACGGCUUAGGUGAAACCAUUUCUAACUCUAAGCUCACCCAUGGCAUACAUUAACCCUUCCUACAUCGAAAUUAGCGACGACGACGACCAAAUCCAACAGGAGCAACACCCAGAGCUGCCGAUCAACGAUCAUCCAGAACACGAAAACGCAGACGACGACUUAGACUAUGAACAGUACCUUGCCCGACUGCUAGCCUCUAGCUUCUCUCAAAAUGCUGGCGGAACUGAUUCCGGGGACGAGGAUGGGUUCGGUGUUCCUCCAAGUGCUGCCGAAAUAGCUGACCAAACAGAUUUUGGCGACGAGACUAUGGAAGCUGAUUUUUUUAAUGUUGCCGCAAUUGCCGGCGAAACGGAACAGUCGGGUGGGGCCGAGGAAGGCGGAGAGAAGCGGAGAAGAAUAGGAGGGCCCGAAACGUCGGCGGCGGCGGGUGGAAUUGGCAGCAAAAAGGGCUUGAUUUGCUCUAUUUGCUUAGAUUCUAGGACCGUUGAGGGUGAUCACCGCAUCUGUUCCCUUCCAUGUGGGCACCUAUUCGGGAUGUCUUGCAUAAACAGAUGGCUACAGCAUAAAGAUACCGGGAAGUGUCCUAUCUGCAACCGAAAAUGCAAGUUGAAGGAUGUUUUGAAACUUUUCGUAUCAUAUCCAUGGGAUGAUUCUGUUGAUGAUGAUGAAUUAAAAAAGCAAAAGACGAUUCGGGAACUCAAGGAUAAAUGUGCUUCUCUUGAGAAUGAGCUUGCUGCGUUGCGCAAGAACGAAGCUAAACUGCAGCUUAAAGAUGAACAACGUACGAAGGGUAUGGAAGAAAAAUUCGCUGAUCAACUUGCUCGUAGUUUGGAUACAGAUAGAAAUUCUUGACUUGGCUUUGUUCAUGGAUAUUCAACUCGGGCUUUGUCUUUGAACGUGACGAUUGGAUCUGGUAUAUAACUUGAUAGAUAUCUUAUGCUAUGUUUAUGAUGUGCUAUUCCUUGGCCAUGUUAACUAGGCUCAUGCUUAUGUUGGUUUGUCCUUACAGCUGUUUUCAAUACUAUUUCUAUUUAGCCUCAUCCUUCGGAUGCUUAGUAUGGAUUGUAAGUGAGAGAUCUUAGGUUCGAUUCUCACUAAAGGCGAAUUUGAACUACAUUAUUAUGGCUGACCCAUUGUGAGGAUUGGCCCACUUUCCCUCUCCUUAGUGUAGAUAAUAUUGUUUGUUUAUAAACAAACAAUAAAGUAUGGGUUGUAAUUAUAUUA